AUGACGAGCAUCGACGACCUCUUCAAAAGCGCAAACGGUUCGGCAAAGCGCAAGUUCGAGAACCCAAACGAAGCCGACCCGACCCAAUCAUACAAAUCUGCAAAGCUGGACGCAGAUGGCGAUGUCAAAGCCCCAGCGCAAGCCUCGGUAGCCGACGAAGAUGACGACGACGAGGCUGGUCCUUCGUUGCCGCCCGACUUCGAAGACGGGCCCGGCGACGACGACGAAGGACGCUUCUUUGGCGAUGGCCUGGACGAGAAUGCGCGGGACGCCAUGGAGUACAUCGAUGCGCAAGACGGCGAUGGAGCUAUAGGCGAAGAGAAAUACGACGUGCCAUGGGUGCGCAAGCUGGCGCUCAACUUUGAGAAGAAGGUCAACAAGAACGCAUCGCUGCGCGCAAAGUACGAGGACGACCCCACCAAGUUUAUGGAGUCGGAAGGCGAUCUGGACGAAGGCAUCAAGGCGCUCAGCAUACUGUCGGAGCACCCGGAGCUAUACGAAGAGUUUGCGAAAAGCACGGCGGCGUCCAAGUUGAUCGAACUACUGGCGCAUGAGAACACAGACAUCGCAAUCGCAGCGAUCGAGAUGGUCUCGGAGCUCACAGACGAAGACGUUGGAGGGGAGCAAGAACAGUGGGAUGCGCUCGUGACCGCGUUCAUGGAGGCCGACCUGCUGAGCCUGCUCGUAUCCAACUUCUCCCGCUUCGAUGAGACCGACGAAGCCGACGCAUCGGGCGUCUACAACUCCCUCAGCGUCAUCGAGAACCUCCUAUCACAACCCACAUACACAGACAUAAUAGGCAGGGAGACAGCUCUGCUAAAGUGGCUACUGGACAGGAUACAGAAGCCCGAGAAACCCACAACACAGAACAAACAAUACGCCUCCGAGAUCCUCUCCAUCCUCACACAAUCCUCGCGACCGAACCGAAACCACGUAGCCGACGCAAACGGUGUCGAAAUCUUCCUCACAAACCUCGCGCCGUACCGAAGAGACGACCCAGAAAAGGACAGCAACGAGGAGGAAUACAUGGAGAACCUGUUCAACUGCCUCUCGUCAGUGACAGAAGAACCUCUCGGAAAAGCCAAAUUCCUAGAAGCAGAGGGUGUAGAGCUCUGUCUCCUCUUCGUCCGCGACGGCAAGACCAGCAAGAGCCGCGCCCUGAAAGUACUAGACCACGCCUGCGGCUACGCAGAAGAAACACCACCACAAACCAACGGCAAUACAAGCGCAAAAGGCAAAGAAGCCGCAGCAGAAGUCCCCGAAGCCACAAAUAGCGCCACAGCCGUCUGCACCAAACUCGUCGACAGCCGCGGCCUAAAACCUCUCUUUAGCACCUUUUCCAAAACGAAAAGGUCACACGACCCGCAGCAAACAGAACAUAUACUCGGCAUCCUCGCCUCACUCCUCCGCUCCUUACCGGGUAACUCCGAUACCCGGUUCCGUCUCCUAGCCAAGUUCCUCGAGAAGGACUACGACAAGAUACACAAACUGGUUGAAUUGCGCAGAGGCUACGUUACCCGGUUAUCAGCUUUUGAUAGCAAGUUAGCAGAGAAGAAGAAGGCGUUGCGGAUAAGCGGGAAAGAUGAACUCGAGGCUUUUGAGCUGGAAAAUAUUCCAGACCGGUUGAGUGAGGGGCUGUAUUGUCUGGAAAGGAUCGAUGCUGUGUUGGCUUGGCUGGUUGCUGAGGACGGGGGUGCCAAGGUGGCUAUUGAGAAGGCACUGGCAGAGAGGGAUGAAGGACUGGGAGAUGUUAAAAGGACGUUGCAAGCGCAGCUCGAUGGCGUGAUGGCUGUUGAGCCAGCUGAGAGGGAAAUGUUGGAGACGCUUGUGGGAUUUCUGGUGUAG